UUAAGUAUAUGGCUAGUCUUCAGUUCCACGGCAAUAUUGAUGCGGACACCAGGUACGAUGCGACGCUGGAUCCUGCCCGUGAGCCCGAAUUGUUCCGACUGCUAAUGGGACUGCAGCUGGCAAUGGGAAUGAAGCCAUCUCCGAGAUUGCCCAGUUGGUGGCCCACUUGGCUACGGCCAGUGGGCGGGCUAAUGGCCAAGGCCUACUGCUCGAUGGUAGUCCUCACCUCGCUCCACUUGGGUCUGCUGUUCACGAAAACUACAUUGGACGUUCUGCCAACGGGCGAGCUGCAGGCCAUAACGGAUGCCUUGACUAUGACCAUUAUAUACUUCUUUACGGCCUACGCAAACAUAUACUGGUGCGUGCGGUCGCAGCGAUUGUUGGCCUUUAUGGAUCAUUUCAAUAGGGAGUACCGACAUCACUCGCUCGCAGGCGUUACUUUUGUGAGUAGCCACGCUGCCCACAGGUGGUCCCGGAACUUUACGGCCACAUGGAUCCUGUCCUGCCUGAUGAGUGUGAUCACCUGGGGCGUGUCCCCACUGAUACUGGGCAUACGGACUCUUCCCCUGACCUGCUGGUAUCCUUUCGACGCCCUGUCCCCAGGUACUUACACGGCGGUGUAUGCCACUCAGCUAUUUGGACAAAUUUCGGUAGGAGUCACAUUCGGCUUUGGUGGCUCCCUGUUUGUUACUCUGUGCCUGCUGCUGCUGGCCCAGUUCGAUGUGCUCUACUGCAGCCUAAAGAACUUAGAUGCGCACUCAAAGCUGCUCUCAGGCGAGACGAUCGGGAGGCUAGGCCUUCUGCAAAGAGAGCUGCUCCAGGGCGCAUUUACAAGGGAGCUGAAUCAAUAUGCUGUGCUUCAGGAGCAUGCCACAGAUCUCCUAAGAAUCUCAGCUGAAUCACAAAAUCUUGCGCAAGUUAAAGUAUUUCAUGGUGCACUCGUAGAGUGUGUGCGACUGCACCGCUUCAUCCUGUACUGCUGCGCGGAACUGGAGAACCUUUUUAGCCCGUACUGCCUGGUAAAGUCUAUGCAGAUCACACUACAGCUUUGUCUGCUGGUGUUCGUCGGCGUGUCUGGCACGCGGGAGUUCUUGCGCAUCGUCAACCAGAUCCAGUAUCUGGGGCUUACCCUAUUCGAACUGCUGAUGUUCACCUAUUGCGGAGAGUUGCUCAGUCGGCACAGUGUCCGAUCCGGAGAGGCCUUCUGGAGAGGCGGAUGGUGGAAGCACGCCCACCUCUUGCGCCAAGACGUCCUGAUCUUUCUCGUUAACAGUCGUCGGGCAGUGUAUGUCACAGCUGGAAAAUUUUAUGUGAUGGAUGUGAAUCGGUUGAGAUCGGUUAUAACGCAAGCCUUCAGUUUCCUGACUCUUCUCCAGAAGUUGGCCGCCAAGAAAGCCAUAACGGAGGCCUAAACUGGAACAACACUCAUUCGCGUUGUUUG